CGAGCGAGAGCGAGAAAGGAAGGGAAAGUUUCCGUUUGCCCGCCGGCCGACGUUGCAGCAAACCCGGGCAAUGACGCGCGCAGGAGCGUGAAGGAAGACAGCACCGCGGACGCGCACGCACGCACGCAUACCCAGCAGUAUGCGGCGCAGCGAUGGCAGGCAACGGUAAGAGCACCGCGGUGAGGACGCUGGAGGACCUAACGCUCGAUUCCGGUUAUGGUGGCGCGGCGGACUCCGUCCGGUCGUCCAGCGUGUCGCUGUGCUGCUCCGACCCGCCCCUGCAGUCCCUCUCGCACGGCGGCAACAACCGCUGGCAUCUGACGGAAUCCAUGCACAGCCGACAGAACAGUUUGGACACGGUCAACACCGUGCUGGCCGAGGACACCGAGGCGCUGGAGUGCGCGGCCCAGCUGUGCGCCAAGCUGCCGGAGCCGGAGGAGGUGCCGUGGAGCCUGGCCGAGGUGGAGGACGCGCUGCGGCGCAGGCGGCGGCAGGGGGACGAGGAGCCGCCGCUGCCGCCGCCGUCUCCGGAGGUCCUGUCGCGGCUCUCUGCGCUCGUCAGCCGCGCGCUGGUGCGCCUGGCCCGGGAGGCGCAGCGGCUCAGCCUGCGCUACGCCAAGUGCACCAAGCUGGAGGUGCACACCGCCGUCAAGGUGGUGCUCUCCUGGACCGUCUCCGUCAACUGCGUCGCGGCCGCGCUCAGCGCCCUGUCCCUGUACAACAUGAGCAGCGCCGCGGACAAGUUCGGCCGCGGCAAGUCGGCGCGUUGCGGCCUCGUCUUCUCCGUGGGCAAGUUCUUCAGGUGGAUGGUGGACAGCCGCGUGGCGCUGCGCGUCCACGAGCACGCCGCCAUCUACCUGACGGCGUGCGUGGAGAGCCUCUUUCGGGAGGUGCUGGGCCGCGCGGUGCACAGCGCGCUGCGGCAGCAGGACGACGGCGUGCCGGACCUCAGCCUGGAGGCUCUGGAGCGGGCCUUGGGUGCCGACGCGGAGAUUUGGGGGCUGCUGCAGCCCUGCCAGCACCUCAUCUGCGGGAAGAACUCCGGCGGUGUGCUGAGCCUACCCGAGAGUCUGAACCUCCACCGGGAUCAGCAGCAGCGCUCGGGCCGAGGCGAAGGUCACGGCUGCUACACUCAAGCUGAACUCCGCACCGUGGAACAGUCGCUGCUUGCCACGCGGGUGGGAAGCAUCGCUGAACUCAGUGAUUUGGUGUCGCGGGCCGUGCACCACCUACAGCCGCUGCACAUCAAGAACACCAGCAACGGCACGCCGCUCCACCGCCACCACAAGACGGCCACCGGCGGCGGCAGCGGCGAUGGCGCCGCCGGGGCCGGCAUCCACUGGGAGCCCGAGGCGCUGUACACCUUGUGCUACUUCAUGCACUGUCCGCAGAUGGAGUGGGAGAACCCCGACGUGGAGCCCUCCAAGGUCAGCCUGCACACGGAGAGGCCGUUCGCCGUGCAGCCGCCGCUAAUGGAGUGGAUCCGCGUGGCGGUGGCUCACGCCGAGCACCGCCGCAGCCCGGCGGUGGACAGCGAUGACGUGCGGCAGGCCGCCCGACUCAUGCUGCCCGGCGUCGACUGCGAGCCCAGACAAAUCAGAGCGGAGGAUUGUUUGUGUGGCGCGUCCAAGCUGGAUGCUGCGUCCAGCGAGGUCAAGUUCCUGCAGGACCUGGGCUUCAGGAUGCUCAACUGCGGGCGCACGGACCUCGUCAAGCAGGCCGUCAACCUGCUGGGACCCGACGGCAUCAACAGCAUCAGCGAGCAGGGCAUGACGCCGCUCAUGUACGCGUGCGUGCGUGGCGACGAGGCCAUGGUCCAAAUGCUCCUGGACGCCGGUGCCGACAUCAACAGCGAGGUGCCCGCCACAGUGCACAAGCACCCGUCCGUUUACCCUGACGCACGCCGCGGGACGCCGCUCACGUUCGCCGUCUUGCACGGGCACGCCCCCGUCGUGCAGUUGUUGCUGGACAACGCGGCCAACGUGGAGGGUUCGCUGCAAGACGGGGCCGACAACUACACGGAGACGCCGCUCCAGCUGGCCUCCGCCGCAGGUAACUUUGAGCUGGUGAGUCUUCUGCUGGAGCGAGGCGCGGACCCCAUGAUCGGCACGACGUGUCGGAACGGCAUCUCGGCGGCGCCGCUAGGCGACAUGAACUCCUUCAGCCUGGCGGCGGCGCACGGACACAGGAACGUGUUCCGGAAGCUCCUGUCCCAGUCGGACAAGGACAAAGGUGACGUUCUUUCCCUGGAGGAGAUCUUGGCCGAGGGCUCGGCGUCCGCGCAGAAGUCUUCGGCCCCUCAAGCUAACGGCGGCGGCGGGACGCCGCGACCAGGAAAGGCCAAGCUGCGAGCGCUGCGAGAGGCCAUGUACCAUAGCGCCGAGCACGGCCAUGUGGACAUCACCAUCGACAUCCGCAGCUUAGGCGUUCCGUGGUCGCUGCACACGUGGCUGGAGUCGCUGCGGACCAGCUUCGCGCAGCAGCGCCGUCCGCUGAUCCAGGGUCUGCUCAAGGACUUCAGCUGCAUCGGCGAGGACGAGUACACGGACGAGCUGCUCACGCACGGCCUGCCGCUCAUGUUCCGCAUCCUACGAUCCUGCAAGAACGAGGUGAUCAGCCAGCAGCUGUCUGUGAUUUUCACGCAGUGCUACGGUCCUUUCCCCAUCCCCAAGCUGACCGAGAUCAAGAAGAAGCAGACCUCGCGCUUAGACCCGCACUUCCUCAACAACAAGGAGAUGUCGGACGUCACCUUCCUGGUGGAGGGGAAACCCUUUUAUGCACACAAAGUUCUGCUUUUCACCGCAUCGCCCAGGUUCAAGUCGCUGCUGCAGAACCGACCGGCGGCCGAGAACACCUGCAUCGAAAUCAGCCACGUCAAAUAUAACAUAUUCCACUUGGUCAUGCAGUACCUCUACUGCGGAGGCACCGAUUUCUUGCACAUACGCAACACUGAAGUCAUGGAGCUGCUGUCUGCCUCCAAGUUCUUCCAACUCGAGGCGCUUCAGAGACACUGUGAGAUCAUCUGCUCCAAGAACAUGACCACGGAGACCUGCGUCGACCUCUACAAGCACGCCAAGUUCCUGUGCGCCUCGGAGCUGACGCGCUUCAUCGAGGGCUACUUCCUGAAGAACAUGGCGCUGCUGGUGGAGCUGGACGCCUUCAAGCAGCUCCUGUACGAGCCCCCGCCGGCCCCCCCGGGCCCCGACGCGCCCUCCGCCCUCCGCUCAGACAUCCUGCGCGACCUUGAGAAGACGCUGGCCUCUCGCGUGCGCUCGAUGCACCUGUCCGCCUCCAAAGGCUCGGUGGUGUGACGUCGUUUUUCCGAUCGCGAGUGAUUAGUAGCAAAGCGGGCAGAGGAACCUUUUCAGGUCCGAGCCUUCUGCGUCUGGGACACUGUGUUACCGAAACCCCCCAGCCCGAUUUCUUUUUUGUGCAUGAGGCCCUUUUAUGCAGAGCCUUCCCACGGAGGAAGUGGAGGACGCCACUCAAAUAAUGCAAAGUGUAAAUAGAACCACGUUUGUUCUCAUGUCGAGCACUUUUGUGUCUGGCUUGAAUGUGUGUGUGCUGCACAUCUGUAGCCGGCCGCCAUCUUGCUUUAGCUGGAUGUUCCCCCCGCUGUAAUAUUCCACUUAGUUGAAAUCAAGCGAGAGUAUUAACAAGGGAUUGAAAAGUGACGAUGGCAUUUUCGGGGUCAUUUCCAGGGAUGUGCUUGCCCUCAGUCGUGUUUUGGAAAUUCAGCCCCAGUAGCCUGUUUCACUUAGCAACGUGAAAUUUGGGAGCGAUUUCAGGAGUAGACCCACAAAAAAGCCUCAAGAAGCUAUGUCCCAAAAGAGACAGGAUGUCAGCCAUUCCAUACCUUUGCCGCAGAUUUUUUCUUCUUUAAAUACCAGCCCCCCUUACACUUAGCAGCAUGGAAUUUCAUAGACUUGACUAUCAUGGCUGGACCCUCCAACAAGUCUCAAAUAUCAAAAUGUGCAGUAUGUCGAGUCCAACGGCAAACCAAAAUAAAGAAAUUGAGCAAAAACAAUCAAGAAAGGAUGGAAAGAUGAUGAGAGAUACAGGGUUUGAGCUGCGGGUGUACCUAAUCAAGUGGCUGCAGGAUGGAAACUUCACAAAGAUGGCAGGCAGCGAAUAUUUUUUUAAAUUCAUGAAUAAUUACAAAAUGUGCAGUGUGCCCAGUGCAGCAAAAACCAAAAAAAAAAAAAACAUAACAAUAAUUCAGUACAAGAUAAAUUGUUGAUUGAGGCACUUCAAUGAUGUAAAUAGUGAGAGAAAUCUUAUUUUAUUUUCAUACAUGCAGCGCAAUACAGAUUUAAUUUUGCAUCUAUUUUGUUGGUGCACAUAAAAGGUAUCCUAUGAAAAGCAAUAUUUCAACAAUUGUAUAUUUCCAGGUAUUAUUGCAGUAGCAGAAAUGUGAAGCGCCAACAAUAAAGAUCAAUGAGCGAACGCAAAGGGGAGAAGUAACUUUGAUUUUACCGUGAAGUAUUUUGGAAAUAGAAAAGUCACAUGUCCGUUGAAUUCUCAAAUGUUGGAAUCGUCUCGAUGUUUUUUUCUAAUGACGCCACGCACUUUUAUUCAGCGCAAUCAAACUUUAUUUUAUUUGUUGCAUUGCCGCUUGUUCUCCUGCAGAUGCGCCGGCGAGUCGUCGUAGCGGGAGUCACUUACUCGACGUUUUGUCUUCUUUAAUGGGAGAACGUCGCUCCCGGUUGGUUGCCGUUAGCGGCUUUUCUAGUUUGCUCGCUUGCGCCUCUGCUGGUGCGCCGACGCUAUUGCUAGAAGUGCUGGUCUCAGUGUCGGCGUGGGCCCGCACGGUUCUUCCCCUUGUUGACGACGCGCUUUGUUCGUCCGUUCUUCCCGUCGUAUCUCCUGCUGUUACUUUGCCUGCCGAAAUGUUACGUUACAGCUUUUGUACAAAAUGGAUUCAAUUUGGGGGGUUUUUUCCCCCGUAAAAUUCUAAAAGUCUUUCAAAGCGAAGCCCUGUGGAAAUAUUCACCAGGAGUUCAAUUUGAUAAUUUUGAGGAAAAAAAUAAUUUACCACCCCUGCAAAUGGACCUCUUUUUUCUUUUUUCUUGCCUUGGAGAACGUGUAUAGUAUACAAAUGAUAUCCAGUGUAUAAAUAUGAAAAGGUCUCAUAAAUGAGACACGGUGUGAGAGGCAAGGAUGCAGUUUGAGUCUUACGGCAAAGAGGAAUGUUCCACUCGUGCUGCACAUUCCGUGUUUUGUGGACAGACAAUAAAUGACCACA